CUAGAACUAGAACUAGAACUAGGAUGGCAGCUAGUCCGACGCCGACGCUGGUGCUGGUGCCGGAGUGGGGCACCGGCCACCUCAUGUCCAUGCUCGAGUCCUGCAAGCGCAUCCUUCUCUGCGGCGGCCGCGCCUUGUCCAUCACGCUGCUCGUCAUGCGCCCGCCCACCGCCCAGGCCACCUCCGAGGUCGAGGCGCACGUCCGCCGCGAGGCCGCCUCCGGCCUCGACAUCCGCUUCCACCGCCUCCCCGCGGUGGAGCCUCCGGCUGACGCUGCCGGAGUCGAGGAGUUCAUCGCGCGCUACAUCCAGCUCCACGCGCCCCACGUCAGGGACGCCGUCGCGGGGAUGUCGUGCCCCGUCGCCGCGCUCGUGCUCGACCUGUUCGCGGCGCCCAUGGUCGACGUGGCCCGCGACCUGGGCGUGCCGUCCUACGUCUUCAUGUCCUCCACCGGCGCCAUGCUCGCGCUCAUGCUGCACCUGCCCGUGCUCCACCAAGUGGUCACCGUGGACGUGGAGUUCAGCCAGGUGGACGGGGAGGUGGUGCACGUGCCCGGGCUGCCGCCGAUACCGGCCGAGUCCAUGCCCUGCCCGGGGGGGGCCGCGAAGAGCCCCAACUAC